CUUUCAGUUUUGUUUCGAUUGAUUUCCGCAACAGUCUCCGUCCGUUUCUCUGGCCUUCUGGGGCGUGCUCCUCGAACGCUUUUAGCAAAAAUAUACAAGGAGAACGCAUGAAAGAGUACUUUUUAUGAAAAUGUUGCCGUUGGGAUACUGGACGAUCGUGAUCUUCGCCGUGUUUAACGCCAUAGGAGCUGCUUCAGGCCAAAAUGAGAAAGAAGUAUUUGGUGCACUUGGUGGUGAAGUGUCUUUUGGUCCAGGCAAAUUAAAUCCUCCGGUCACCAGCAUUAUAUGGAAACAAAUAAGCAGCACUGCUGUUACCAAGGCGAUUGAAUGGGAUGAUGAUGGUAUUGUCAUCCCGAAUCCGAGAUUCCAAAAAAUCACAGAUCUUAAUACCACGACUGGACAAAUCACAAUUAGAAAUUUAAAAAAGAAUCAUAGUGGAGUUUAUACCAUCGACAUCAACAGUAAAGAGCAGGAACAAAGAUUCAGAUUGGAAUUAUUGCCACUGGUCCCCAAACCUGAGAUAAAAAUAGAUAGGCCCGAUAAUCUCCCUAAUGUUGUGUAUUUAAUUUGCGAGUACGAUGGACAGAUCAUCUGGAAGAAUUCUGCUGGAGAAAAUCUGGUGAUUGCAAAUCACCAUCCGAAAGGAAAGUUCAUCACAGUUAAACAAAAUGGAAAUCCUGAAAGCUACUACACAUGCACAGUUGUGAAUGCUGUGAGUAAUGCGACCAGUGAUCCGGUCUAUAAGAGAGAUCUGUUUGAAGAGAGUGUACCUUGGUGGAUUCCUCUCAUCGUGCUCUUCAUCCUAGUCCUCUUUUUGUUCUGCCUCCCUGUUCUCCUGUAUAAGGUCUGGCCAACAUUUCAUGGAUUAGUUUUUGAACACUUAGGAGAUAAACCAUGUAUAGGAGCGGUUUUGAAACGUCUGGAUGGAAAGAAAAAUGCACAGCCUGAGCAAGAAGCGGUAUAUGCCAACGGUGAGGAGAACAAAAGGACAGAUGACGGCACAGAUGAAAUGCUUAUGGCUAAAACCACAGAAAAAACUCCGGAUUCAGCUGAGUCAUAAAAAUGUAUUGCUAG